AUGAGGUUGUUGCGGAUAUAUGGGCAACAUUUGAGGGAUUUGGGACUGUGUAAAGAACUCAAUGGAAGUUCCAGCAAUAUAUCAUCCCUCUCGCCCAGCAAACCUACAAGAAGUCCUACAUUAUCGAAUAGACGACACUAUGGUGAUAUUAACCGGAGUGCAUCGACCAAAUUGAAUGGCGAUGAUAGGCCCAAAAGAUUACCACUAGCCCUCGCUAACAAACGAGAGACAAAUACCAAAGAAAAAGGACUCGGAGACAAACACGGUGUUUCUAUAAGUCCAUUUUCAGAUUCUCCGGGUAGACUUCCCGGAACCAUUGAUGCAAACAAAUUUGUGAAUCCUCUGAAUGCUACACCCAUUGCAAAUAUGAAGUUUUUAUACUUAGAAAGUUGUAAGGAUUUACCCAUGCUAAUUCCCAAAGAACAGCUAUUUGUGCUUAAAGAUGAAAAAUGCGAAUUUGAUGAUAGUUUGAUUGAUUCUUUAAAGGUAUCAGGCAAACAGACCCUAGCAAACACUAGACUAUAUGAAGUACCAAAUAUUCUGAAAGGUAUUUGUAUGAAAAAGGUACCUGUGGAGAUUGGAGUGUUUCUUGGACUCGCAGAGUCUUAUUUAAAGUUGCUUCCUGGACGAAACGUUAAAGAGCUUAUCGACUCGUUUAUAAUAUUUAGCACAUAUUCGGAUAGCAAUCUUAAAAUAGUAAACUAUAUGUUGCAAGUUGUAGGAACACAUCUUGAACGCAAACUCCAGGCGUUCAUUAGUCUUGGACCAACAGAAAUUAUCAGGUCGUUGGCUCAUUUGAUCUCUGCCAGAUCUGGAACUAAUAUUGAAUUUUCUCUACCCGAUAAUAAGCAGGUGCUUAGUGUUAUAACCUCUGAUGUUUCUAACCUAAGUGAUGAUUCCAGAGGGCUGCUUUUUUUUAUUUUGGCAUCUUCGGAUUCAUACCCUCAUUCCAACACAAAAUAUGAACCAAUCUGCAGAGAGUUAUCUCAUUUUAUCUCGAAUCAUCGCAAAUUCUCAUAUGAUACACUCAGAAUGUUAGUUAGCAUAUCCCACAAGUUUUGUGAUGACAGUACAUUAGUUAGCGGGAUAUUUACUUCAUUCAUGGAGUAUAAAAAUAGGAACAUUACAAAUAUCUUAACUGACGCUCUUUUAAAGUUUAAAACCAAAGUUUUCGAAAACUAUCCAGCCAUUAUUACUAAGAUAAUGGAUGGAUUUAAAAAUGUCUCACCAGAGUUGGUCACAAGUCUUUAUUGUCAUCACCUUAAGCAUAAUUUAAGCCUAGACCAAGACAGAAAAUAUGAAGAUUUCAUAAAAGCAAACUGGGAAAAUUUUAACCUGAGUGAUAUAUCGAAUAUUGUUAGACAUCUAAGUGUUUACGGACAACAUAAGAAUGAUAUUUGUUCCUAUCUCUACGACAGAUUUUUACAACUACAACAAUAUAACGGACUAUCGGACGAGGUGUUUGAUUGCAUGUUGUCCUUUUCAUUCGUAGGUUUCAUAAAACAUCACUUUAGGCAUAUCGACCCUCUUAAAGCAGUAUACCUUACCUCCAAAAAUAAUUUGAACUAUUUGGCAUACCUGUUUUUACUUUCGAAUAUUAAAAAUCCGCAGUUGUGGGAUAUUUUAUUAUUCAGAGUCGCACACGAAUGCACACCUUGCGCUAAUUUAUACGAAAUAUUCCAAAGCGCAAUUUUGCUGGAAUAUAUUCCCAAAGAUAUCCAAGGUCCAACUGGUAACAAAUUUAUGAAGAUCUUCAAGCAAUCCAAACAUCAAUACAUGCGGGAACAGUUCUAUAAAGCCAAUGACUCAGAUAUACCAUACAGGCGAAUAUUUAAUUAUUUGGGCUUAUCGUACAAAAGAGAUCAUGGAGUUCUGGAUCUGUACAAAUUCCCGUAUUUCCUUGAUCACUAUGGCAUCUUAAUCGAUACGAAAAAGUGUAAUUCUGAAGCAACAGGUUAUUUAAUGGGUGAAUAUAAAUUAAAGAUGAUGAUUUUAAGAAAAUUCGGUUACAAGCUCGUGUCUAGUACAAGUAAAGAGUGGAAUAUGUUCAGGGAUAGUGGUAUGUACCAUGAUAUUCGAGGAAUGGCUGAGUUUAUGUUAUCUAUGGACCAAUUUAGAGAAGUAAGAAAAGGUUUACCAUAUAGAAAUCGAAAUGCUCCGAUUUUAUCGAAUGUAAACCGUGUGGUUACCAAUAGUUUUGCAUAUAAGAGGAAUGCCAGAGCACAAGCAUCGGUAGUGCCACCAAUGGGAUAUAAUCCACACUUGGAGCAUUCAGGAAAGAUUAAGCCUCCACGUUACAGGGGAAAAACUUUACAAAUAAAGUCCCAGAAAUAUUUACCGCCUCCGAAGGUAAAUGCCAAAUUGCGGACAGAUGUAAAUGGACCAUUUAAUCCAAUAGAACCGCGGAAGCCUGUUGAUGUCUUACAAGAGCCUCGUAAGAAAGUUUCAUUGGAGGGUAGAUUUAUGGUACUUGGCAAGGAUGCAACGUAG